AUGGCCAAGCUGACCGAAAGCCCUUUGAAGCUGUCGAGCAUAUCGCCGCCAGACGAACAGGCCGCUUACCAGACCGCGGACCCCCUAGUCAGCAUCGCGUCCGCCCUGAAGCCUGCAGCUCCACCAUUUGCCGUUGUACCAUCAGUACCAACUGCAGAGUCGCUGCGAGAGGCUCUCGAGAGUCUUCCGCAGGAGCUCUACAAGAUGGUGUACGACCUCACCUUCACCGUAAAGACAGGUGCACGCGACAUCACCUCGCAAAAACUCAACGACCUCAAGCUCUUGCGCGUCGACCGAGCCAGUCGGAAGAAGUACGCAGAGACCUACUACGGUGGAGGCUCCAAGUUCUACUUCCCAUGCGACUACUACGACAAGAAAAUUCGCGACCUCAUUGCUGACUGGCUGCAGUGUCUGUCGAAGAACGAGAGAGCUCUCGUCGAGGUUGUGAUGAUCUGCAUAGAGACUGAGAGCCCGUUCUAUCCGGAGUUCUUUGAGAAUUGCAGCGCGGAUAUGGGACUCACUCGUCCGAUACGAGUGAUCUAUACUCAUGAGGCGUCGGAGAAAAUACCCGACGUUUAUGUUCGUGGUGUGAGCGAUCACGGAGAUCUUGAGAUCUACGACUCGGACGCUUUGACCAUGGCGGAACCACAAACCGUUGUCGGCUCUGAGGCUACUGGCAGCCCCUGCCCGGAGGACUUCCUCGCAGUGCUCCCUCAAGAGCUCCGCGACUGGGUUUACGAAUUCACCUUCACCGCGGCCACUUCGACCAAGCAAGAUCUCGACUCCCGUGUCGGUAGGGCCGAGUAUAUCGCACAUCUCAAACUUAUGCGUAUCAGCAAUACUACUCGCGCAAAGUAUGCUCAGUCCUACUUCAGCUCACGCACAUUCGCCGCCCGACAUGGACGUUUCUGGCUGAGGAGCAUCUGCCCAAGACAUCGCGAAGCGCUCGUUGAUGUCGAGUUUCGAGGCUGUUGGGGCGAUCGUAGUCCAAAUUACAUCCAGAGAGUUUACGAGACGGCUCGUGUUGGAAGAGAACUCGGGCAGUCCUUGGAGAACAAAGUGCGCGUCCUCUCUCGCAACCGCAAGACUGGAGUAUGGGAAUGA